CAAAGUGACCAGCUGCUUCGUCGCUUGAUGCGGGGCUAGGUCAAGCGUGUCUUUUCGAGGUUAUAACGUACAAAUGUACUGCCCUAGCUUGUCCCCUUCUGUAUUUGCCGACGAGCUCACCGAUCUUGCUAUCCGCAUCCUUUCUAGCCUUUCAGUACUUCAUCAGCCCUUCCUCAAUUAAAAUUGACAGAAGACUCGAGGAGAUCACCUUUUCCACACACGUCUGCUGGUGAAGAUGUGGCCCUCGCUGUACGCUGGAUCCAUCGCUCUGCUUUGCACCGUUUUGUUGGCCACUGCUGUCCAAGAUGCUGGAGCAGCGAAAGCAGGCCGACAGUCCCUGCAAAAGCGACUCAACAUGCAUCUCCCAGAGAAUCACUCGGUCGCUUGGUUAAAUGAUCAGAACGUCGUUCAAUUCGAGGCGCAUCCUACCAAGGGGUUCACGACCAUGUUUGGAAAGGGCUACAACCUGCGCGCUACCGAGGUUACCUCAAAAAUUGCAUCGGACGAUGCUCAGAGACACGGCCUUCGACAAGUGAUCAAGGAUCUUAAAACGAACGAGUUCAAGAGAUGGUCCCCUGCUACUGACUCGUGGUGCCCGUCGACGGCCGAGUCGAGUAUGGACGUCCUGUGACCAGAUCUAUGACCGGCAAGCUUCGCUCUGCAGGUGAGACGUCUCAGGUUCGGGCACAUCAGCGACACACCGGAUCGCAUGAAAGUGGCGCAUCCAACUAGACCUCACAAGCUAGACCUAGGGACGACGAUGUUGAUGCAGCAAGACGCCGAGCAGACAGACAAUCGAACCUUUUGACCGUUUCCGUUCGCGCCACAGAGUGCUUGCCCAGGGUUACCGUGG